UUUCAAGAUCGCUCAAAAUAUUCCUAACGCAACUCUCCGAUAAAGCUAGGGCAAUUGGAAGACUUGUUAGCAGAAAUUACGCAGCCAUGAAUUAAAGUACUCUCAACUACUUUAAAUGGCUUCAUCAUCUUCAUCACCAUCUCCUUCUUCCAUGUUUGCUCAAGGAAAAUAUAAUGUUUUCCUUAGUUUUAGAGGAGAGGAUACUCGGGCUAAUUUUACCAGUCAUCUCUAUGCUGCUUUGUGCCAAAAACAAAUUCAAACCUUCAUUGAUGAUGAUGGGCUUAAGAGAGGAGAUGAAAUAUCGCCUGCCCUUCUGAAAGCAAUUGAAGAAUCAAAUAUUUCAGUAAUAAUUUUCUCUAAGGAUUACGCUUCCUCUAGAUGGUGCUUAGAUGAGCUAGUAAAGAUUCUUGAAUGCAAAAAAUUCAAGCGCCAAAUAGUUAUUCCAGUUUUUUACAACGUAAAUCCAUCGGAUGUACGCCACCAGACUGGAAGCUUUAAGGAGGCUUUUGUUAAGCAUGAAGAAUAUUUUAAGGGGAAGAUAGAAAAACUGCAAAGAUUUAGGACUGCUUUGACCGAAGCAUCCAAUCUAUCUGGAUGGAGUUCAUCGAUAACAUGGCCCGACUCCAAACUUGUACAUGAAAUUGUUAAAGAUGUUUUGGAGAAAUUGAAUGGUAUAUCACCCUCAAGUGAUUUUGAAGGUCUAGUUGGUUUAGAAUCACGCAUUGAGCAAGUGAAAUCGUUAUUAUGCAUGGGAUUGUCAGAUUUUCGAGUUGUGGGAAUUUGGGGAAUGGGUGGGAUAGGUAAAACAACAAUUGCUGAAGCUAUUUUCAACCAAAUUUCUAGUCAGUUUGAAGGUCAUUGCUUUAUUCACAAUGUUAGAGAAGAAUCAGAAAAAUGUGGUGGAUUAGCUCGUUUAAGAGAGCAAGUUAUUUCUCAAGUAUUGCAAGAAAGAAAUGUUAGUAUUGGCACUCCCAAUAUGAUACCUCCUUUCAUUAAGCACAGGCUUCAAUGCAAAAAGGUUUUCAUUAUUCUGGAUGAUGUCAAUGAUUCAGAACAAUUACAGUUUUUAACCGGAGGGAUUGAUCGAUUUGGUCCAGGAAGUAGAGUUAUUUUAACCACUAGAGAUAGACAGGUUCUUUGUAAUUUAGGAGUGCGUAACAUUUAUAAGGUGGAGGGAUUCAAGCAUCAUGAAGCUCUUCAACUCUUUUGCAAUUUUGCCUUUCAACAAAAUGACCCCCCUAAUGAUUUUUUGGAGCUCUCAAACACAGUGGUAGAUUAUGCCAAAGGCAACCCAUUAGCUCUUAAAGUAUUGGCUUCUUCCUUACACAAAAAGAGCAAACGAGAUUGGGAAAGUGCAGUGAAAAAAUUAAACAAGAUUUCUAAUCCUAAAAUUCAUAACAUACUGAGAAUCAGUUACGAUGGGCUAGACCGUGAAGAGCAAGAUAUAUUUCUUGACAUUGCAUGCUUCUUUAAAGGGGAGGAUAGAGAUCGAGUGAUAAGAAUAUUAGAUGGUUGUUACUUCUCUGCACACUACGGGCUGAGUGUUCUCAUUGAUAAAUCACUCAUUACAAUUUCAAGUAACAACAAGCUACAAAUGCAUGAUUUACUACAAGAGAUGGGCUGGGAAAUUGUUCGCAAAGUAUCCUUCAAAGAGCCUGGCAAGCAUAGCAGAUUGUGGAAUCCUGAAGAUGUCUGUAGCAUUUUGAAGAAAAACACGGGAACUGCUGCAAUUGAAGGCUUGUUCCUAGAUAUGUCUAAAAUCAGAGAAAUUCAUGUAAGUUCUGAAGCCUUCAAAAAUAUGCCUAAUCUUAGGCUUCUGAAUUUCUAUGCAUCUGAUCAUCUUUUGGGAGACUUUGCAAGUAACCCUAAACUGUAUUUUAACCAAGGAUUAGAAUAUCUAUCUGAUGAAUUAAGAUGCCUCUAUUGGGUUGGAUAUCCCUUGAGGACGUUGCCAUCGAGAUUUAGUCCCGAGAAACUUAUUGAAAUUAGCCUGCCAUUCAGCAACAUUGAACAACUCUGGAUAGGAACUAAGCCUGCCUUCGAGUUAAAAUCGAUUGAUCUUUAUCACUCUCAGCACUUGAUUGGGAUCCCAGAUGUCUCAGAGGCCCCAAAUAUAGAGAUAAUAAAGCUUGAACACUGCACAAACUUGGUUAAGGUUCCAUCAUCUAUCGGAUGUCUCAAUCACCUUCAUAUCCUGCGACUAAAUGGCUGUAAAAGCCUUAGGAACUUUCCAAGCAACAUUCAUUUUAAAUCACUUGUAACUCUCAACCUAGCCUCCUGCAUAUACCUUACAGAUUUUCCUCAGAUUUCAGGGAAUAUAAGAGAUUUAAAUCUUAGUGGAACUGCCAUAGAAGUGGUUCCCUCAUCCAUCGCUUGUCUAACUGAGCUUUGUUUAUUAACUUUGACACGAUGCUCAAAACUCAAGAGUAUUUCAACUAGUAUUUGUAAAUUGAAAUCUCUUCAACGUCUUGAACUUAAUUUUUGCACUAAACUUGAGAGUUUCCCAGAAAUUUUGGAAAAGAUGGAAUGUUUAGAGAGUCUUUUGUUGAAUGGAGCAACAGUGAUUAAAGAGCUGCCAUCUUCAAUUGACAAUUUAAAUGGGCUUUGUCAUUUGAGAUUGGUGGGUUGCAAAAAUCUUGUGACCAUUCCAAGCAGCAUCCGUAAAUUAACAUCUCUGAUUGAAUUGGAUUUUUCUGGUUGCUCAAAACUUGUCAAAUUGUCAGAGAACUCUAUCAUAGAGUGGAAGGAAAACAUAUAUUGCCAAUGUCCUGGUUUUGUUUUGCCUCCAUUGUCAGCUUUAUGUUCCUUGAAAGAAUUAUUUUUAUCAUUCUGCAAUCUGACUGAAAUUCCUGAAGACCUUUGUUGUAUGUCCUCAUUGAAAACAUUAAAUCUGAACGGAAACAAUUUUGAGAGCCUACCUUCAAGAAUCAAACAACUAUCAAGGCUGAAACGUCUUUACUUAAGAGAUUGCAAUAUGCUUCAAUCUUUGCCAGAGCUUCCACCAUGUUUAAGAGUACUAGAAGCGACAAACUGCAAGCGGCUACAAUCAUUACCCAAGCUUCCAUCAAGUCUAGAAGAAUUGGAUCCAUCCGAAUUGGAGAUUGUAUCCGAACAUUAUGUCCCAUUUUCAUGGAUCACAAUCCGCUUCUUAUUCACAAACUGUCAGGACAUUUCGGAACUUUCCCAGCUAAGAAUUCAUCAUAUGGCAGUGGCAUCAUUGAGGCUUUGUUGUGAAAAGGUACUUAAAGUCACACCUACAAUCAGCUUGUGUUUACCUGGAACUGAAAUUCCCAUCUGGUUCAACUAUAGAAGUUCAGGAUCCUCAGUAACCAUUGAGGCCUCUGAGAAUUGGUGCAAUAAAAGGUUCAUGGGGUUUUGUUUGUCUGCAGUUGUUGAAUUUGAGGAAAGCUACUGUGAUAGUGCUUUCUAUGUCAGUUGUGAUUAUCAUUUUAAUAAGAAUAGUGCUGAUUACUACAGUUGCCAAAUGCAUGUCACUAUGAUCAGCUAUGAUUCUGUGUUCAUUGAUGGGGAUCAUGUUGUGUUAGGAUAUGAUCCCUGUUUAAAUGCUAGGCUACUUGAGGGUACAACUGCCUCGUUUCACUUUUACCCUGUUGAGUAUGGAGCGAAAGAUUGCAAGGUGAAAUGUUGCGGGGUGUGUCCACUAUAUGCACAAUAUGCAGGUACAAGUAGUUGGAGAUCUGGUGAGGAAAUUGAACCAAAUCCUAAGAGAAUUUGCAGAGAAUGAAUCAGUUGUUUCUUUUGCUUCAUUGGAUUUCUCUGUCAAUUUAAUGGUAAAUCAUUGGAGCCAAGGACCAGAGUCAAUGACAUAGCAAGCAGGGGUUCCUGAAGGUGUUUCGAGCAACAAUGUCAAGUAACGAUAUUCUUUUGUUAUUGUCAAGCAAAUGUAAUAAUUAUUUAUAAUCAAUCUGAUGCAGAUGGAAUCACUGGAGAUCCUGCAGAAUUUGGGCAAAGGAUGAUAUAUCAAAUUUUAGUGGUAAAUUUGAAGUGCAA